UUUUGUAUGUAGACACAUAAAAGAAAAUCUGUACAUCAAAAAGAAUGAAGUUUGAAGAUCUACUUACAGAGAUCAAUGGCUUUGGCAGAUUCCAGAUGAUGAUUAUCUGCAUAAAUUUUAUAGGACGAUUCACAAUUCCGUGUCACUUUUUGUUAAGCAACUUUAUUGCUGCCAUCCCAUCUCAUCACUGUGACAUCAGCCCUCUGGAUACUGCUGGAAUCUUUUGGAAUCUGAGUCAGGAACAGAGACUGACUGUCAGUAUUCCAGCACAGGAAGACGAGACCCCUGCUUCAUGUCUCAUGUUCUCCCAACCUCAGUUUCACCUGUUGACAAACUCCACCAAUACAAAAGAACUUCCUGUGGUCCAAUGUCAGAAUGGAUGGGAGUAUGACAACAGCACAUUUAUCAGCACUCUGGCAACACAGUGGGAUCUGGUAUGUGAUAGUAGAGGGCUGAAUAAAGUUGUGGCCACCAUCUUCUUCGUUGGAGUGAUGUUUGGAGCAGUUUUUUUUGGAGGCCUGAGUGACAGAUUUGGGCGUAAGCCUAUGUUGCUGGUGUCAUAUGUAUCAGGAAUGGUUUUUGCAGUGGCCAGCAGUUUUUCCUCCUCCUUCAUCAUGUUUGCAGUGCUGAGAUUCUUCACUGGAUUCACCAUCACUGGCAUCAUCAUCGUCUCUACUGUACUCAGUGUGGAGUGGGUGGACAUUCAGCACAGGAGACUAGUGUGUGUGAUUGACAGUCUGGCAUGGGCUUGUGGCAGUACCUCAUUGUCUCUGAUUGCAUUCAGUGUGAGAGACUGGAGAUGGCUGACAGUGGCUGUCACUUCACCUUUACUUCUAUCCACAAUCCUCUGGUGGUGGGUUCCAGAGUCGGCUCGGUGGCUGAUAGCCAAUGGGAAGAUGGAAAAAGCUCAUUACUAUCUUCAUAAAUGUGCUGUUAUGAACUGCAGAGAGGAGGCCACCUCCAGCCUCACCAAUGAGAAUCUCUCUAGCAUCAUAGUUUCUGAUGGAGAAAAGAAAAAGUAUUCUUACCUGGAUCUGGUCAGAACUCCUAAGAUGAGAAGAUUGGCUCUGCUCACAGGAACCAUUUGGUUUUGCGUUGCCACUAUCACCUAUGGAAUAAGCCUCAACAUCACUGGAUUCGGACUAAAUCUGUACCUCACUCAGUUUGUGUAUGGGGCCAUUGAGAUUCCAGCUAAACUGAGCAUCUAUUACCUGCUGGAUAAGAUUGGCAGAUGCAAAACUGAGGCUGGUGCUCUGCUAUUGGCAGGAAUCAGCCUCAUGAUUAACAUAUUCUUACCCAGAGAUCAAUGGGUUGGUCGUACUGUGGUAGCAAUUCUGGGUAAAGGUCUCUCUUCUGCUGCUUUUGCAACAAUUAUAUUAUACAGCUCUGAGCUUUAUCCCACUGUCCUCAGGCAAAAUGGGAUGGGUUUUAACUCCUUCCUAGGCCGUCUGGGAGUGGCCGUGGCUCCUCUUAUCCUGCUAUUGGACAGUACCUGGGGUUACCUCUCUCAGGUCACCCUGUGUUCUGUUGCCCUACUUGCUGCUCUGGUGGCCUAUCAGUUACCAGAGACACGAGGCAGGUAUCUACCUGAGACUAUAGAGGAUAUUGAGUGUACUGGGAAAAAUGUCAUAAAACAUCUUGAAACGCUGGAAGAAGCAGAGAGAAUGACAACAAAUAGAAAAUGACAAUGGUGGCCUGCUGAGAAUUGUCAAAGACUGUGUGUGCAUUCAACCCUUUUAAAAUGAACCAAAUGAAUAUUUUGC